AUGCUUAGACCGCGACGUAACCAGAAGAGCAGCAGCAACCCGAGAUGGUCUCAAGACGCGGCGAGGGAGGGCGAGGAGGCGCGGCAGCAGGCGGUGGCAUGGCAACAGCGGUGUGCGAUGGUGCAGGAGGAGCUGCAGCAGCGCCGCAGCGAGGCAGGCUUCCUCACAGGCGAGGUCUCCCGCCUCCGCACGCUGCUGCAGGUGGGUUGGGUUGAAGGGGGGGGGUCGUUGGCGUUGGUAGGAGUCUGGCGAGCAGGGGGAUCCGGAACAGCAGGGGCUGCAGGGAGAAGCAAUGGGGACAACGACAGGGAAGCAUGCGCGCAGGGAGAGGAGGAGGGGCAGGGAUGGGCGGAGCCCGAGGGAGGCACAACAGGGGGCAUGUGUGCGGAUGGGUCAAUGAGCUUGCUAGGUGCUUCCUCUAGCAGCGCCCAUGCCUUGCAAAGUGGGUUCGGGGAGCCAGGCGAGGGCGGUGGGGACAGGGGCGGAGUCAGUAGGGGGUCUGGAGGAGCUGGGGAAUGGAGAGAGGGGGAUUUGGAAAGAGGAGCAUCAGUGGGUGUGGGUGUAGGAGCAGGUGGGAGGGCUUUAGGGAGGGGCGAGCAGGCAGGGGCGGGAGGGGGAGAUGGGGCGGAGGGAGGGGAGGGGGUUGGGGGGGAGGAUAGGGCAGCAUCUGUUGCAGGUAGCGUGGAGGGUGGGAGGGCGGAAUGGGACGGGGAUACUGGUGGUAGUGUUGCUGGUGGUGGGAGGAAUGGAGGCGAGGCAACGCCAGCAGCAGUAGGAGGAUCGAUAGCAGCAGGAGGAGGAGUGUGUGAGAGGUGUGGGAGGGGGAAUGGGGGGAGUGGAUCGUCCAGGAGCCAUGAUGCAGAAGAGGCUGCUAUGCUGAGAUUCGAGCACCACCAACUUGCAUUGCAUUCCGUCACCAUGACCUGCAUGAACUGCCUCUUCUGCUUCAACCCCUCGUCGUUGACGCUCCGAGCUUGUCGUUCAACGAGCCAUGUCCCUUCCGGCGGCGCGACUGAUGGAGUCGAUGGCAGCCAUGGAGGCGGAGAGGAGAAUAGUAGCCGGCAUGUUUGCGCCAUGCUUCGCGGCGCGGCUGAUGGAGUGGAUGGCAGCGAUGGAGGCGGAGAGGAGAGCAACCAUCAUGCGGCGCGGCUGAUGGAGUCGAUGGCAGCCAUGGAGGCGGAGAGGCAGCAGCUGCGCAUAGCGGUGCGCGACCGGGACGAGGUGGUCCGGCGCGUGGAGAGGGACGCGCAGGAGCUCCGAUACGCCAACGAGGAGGAGCUCCGAUACGCCAACAAGGAGGUGAGGGUGGAGGGUCCGCUGCUCUGCGCUUCUUUCCCUGCGGCUCCUUGCCCGGUUUCUUCACUCUGGCUUCUCGCUUCGCCUCCUGUGCGCUCCUCAUGGCACCCCAGAACAUGCCGCACGCCAACCGCUUCGCUAUAA